CAGGGGAGAAAGGAGGGGUGGUUUUCAACAUGACCAUCGAUGUGCUGGAGACUCACUGUCAUGUGAUCAGCAGGAAGCCUUGGAAGGCAUGUGUGGUCAGAGAUGUGUCAGACGUACCUGUUUACGGUCAAUGCGAGACAUCUGUCUUUGUUGAGAAAAGCGUGGUGCUUCACAGCUACAAAUGUGCCGUUCAGCAAGUGCCUGCCACGGUCAUCGUGGACACCUGUCCGGACUGUCCCACGGCUGAGCGUCUUGAUGAGCCCAUCAUCGUUGAGACGGCCAACCUGUCCCUGCAGAAGUACAACAGGGAGAACGGCCUGGCCAACUACUUCACCCUCCUCAACCUGACCGGAGCUAGCAUGCAGUGGAUGGAGGGCCCGGCCUACUUUGUGGAGUUCACCAUUCAGGAGACCGAGUGCUCGAAGGAAGCUGGUACUGCAGCUGAUCAGGCUCAGUGCAAACUAAUGGAUUGUCAGUUUGCACAUAAAGGCUUCUGCAGAGGCUCCCACACCACAGUAGACGAUGUUUUCGAGACCAAACUGCCGAUUGGGGUCAAGUGUGAGAUCUAUGAACCUGAGGCUGCAAAGGUGGAGGAGGAAGCCCAUGCCCAGGGAGAGAGUGGGCAAACUGGGCACCACAGUGGGGAAGCUGCUCAUAAACACAAACACCUUCACCCCCAUGAGCACCAGCACCGGCCCCUUCCGGCCCAGCACCCCAGCCAAGCCUCCCCCAGAUUGAGGGGCUCACUGGGGGUAGUGAUGGUGCUUCCUCCCCCCCAUGUUCCUCCACCCUCCAGACUUUCCCCAGCUGCCAAAAACUGUCCUGGGCAGCGGAAGCUCACCCUUGGCCUGGAAAGGUUUAAAAUCUGAUUCGCUCAACACGUAUCAAGUAGAAGCUGUGAGACAAAAAAGGUGCUUUGGAAACUGCAAGCAUGCACUGGAUGACAAAAUAGUAUUGUGUAUAGACAAUUUUAUAGAAGAAUUCCCCAACAUUGCACAGUAUGAAUGAUGCCAUUGGGAUGCAAGGCAGACAAAUAAUAAAAGUAAGGUUUGCUGAUGAUUCAUUUAUUUGGGAGCCUGGUAUUAAUUGCGAUAUGUAGGAAAAAUA